AUGAAGAAAUUGAAAAAUGUGCUUAAGGAGUGGAAUUGGAAGGUUUUUGGAAAUAUUAAAACUCAAAUCAAGAAUGCAGAGAAUAAGGUAAAAGAAGAAAUAAAUAAAUCUGAUGACAACCCAUUUGAUGAAGAUUGUAUGAAUGACUUAGUAAAGUCUCAAAAUGAUUUCAACUCAAAGGAAGUGCAAUAUAAUACUUUUAUGAAGCAGAAAAACAGAAAUAAAUGGAUCAAAGAGGGAGCUGCAAAUACUAGUUUUCUUCAUACAAAUCUAAAAAUAAGACAGGCAAGAAACAGCAUAAAUGAGUUGGAGAAUAGUAAUGGAGAAAUUAUCUCAGAUCAAAAAGAAAGAGCUGACACCCUAGUAUAUCAUUUUGAGAAUAAGUUUAAAUUUCAAGAAGUCAAUAUUGCAAGUUCAUUAUUGGAUGUUACACCUGAAACCAUCACAUCAGAAGAGCAAGAAAUGCUGGAGAAACUGCCUGAUGGAGAAGAAAUCAAAUCAACCAUUUUUUGCGUGGACCCUGACAGUGCACCUGGACCAGAUGGUAUAUCUUGUUGGUUCUAUAAGGAAUGA